AUGCAAACAGGCACCCUCCCCAGACCCAUCAUCUGGGCUGAGCCAGGCUCUGUCAUCCCCCUUGGGAGACCUCUGACUUUCUGGUGUCAGGGAACCUCAGGGGCUCAAAACUAUGUCCUAAUAUCAUCAAAAUCUGUACAGAUCUGGUCUGAAAAUAUGAUCCCUGUGUCUGGGAACAAAGCAAAGUUCACCAUCAGCGAGAUCCAACAGGGCCAUGCAAGGGGGUGGGAAUGUCAGUAUUGUGAAGCUUCUACAUGCUCCAUGUAUAGUGACAAGCUGAAGCUUAUGGUCACAGGUUUUCACGACAGACCAUCCCUCUCAGCCCUGCCGAGCCCUGUUGUGCCCGUAGGGGAGAACGUGACCCUUCAGUGUGGCUCACCUGAGAGGUUCCGAGGAUUUGUUCUAAUUAGGGAAGGAAAACCUGAGUCUUUCUGGGUCCAAGAAUCACAGCCACACCACAAUGGGCUCUUCCAGGCUCUAUUCCCUGUGGGCCCCGUGGGCUCUGGGCAGAACUGGACAUUCAGCUGUUAUGGUCAUUUUGAAAAUGAAUUGGUGAUGUCAGAACCCAGCAACAUGCUACAGCUCUUGCUCUCAGGUUUUUACAGAAGACCAUCCCUCUCAGCCAUGCCGAGCCCUGUUGUGCCCUCGGGGAAAAACGUGACCCUCAAGUGUGGCUCAUCUAUGAGGUUCGAAGGAUUUGUUCUGAUUAGGGAAGGGAAACCUGAGUCAUAUCGGGUCCAGGAAUCACAGACAAACCACAAUGGGCUGUUCCAGGCCCUGUUCCCUGUGGGCCCUGUGGGCCCUGGACAAAACUGGACAUUCAGCUGUUAUGGUCAUUUUGAAAACGAAUUGGUGCUGUCAUACCCCAGCAACGUGCUACAGCUCUUGCUCUCAGGAAAUUUUUCUCUAUACAAGGAGGGGGUCCUGGACCUCUACCGGGUCCCCAGCCACAAUACACAGGCCGGUCUCUCUCAGGCAGACUUAAAACUGGGUCCUAUAAGCACCUUCCUUGGCAGCACAUACUGCUGCUAUGGGAGACAUAGCCUCACACUCCUGUGGUCAGAGGUCAGUGACCCAUCGGACAUCCUGGUAGCAGAUUUCAGCAUCUCUAUCAGUCGUAGCAACACGGGAUGGGGCUUUCACAUCACAGACAAGAUCAAUUCUCAGCAUAUCUGUGGGCUGCACAGAGAAGAGAACAGUUCCCAUUCCUGA